ACAAUAUUCUCAAUAAAAUAGAAGUAAACUGAAGUGAUAUUUUAUAAAUUAAAUAUGAAUUUACGUUUUAAGAAGUGAAACUGAUGACUUAUGCGUGACAAUAACAAUAAAUAAAAACACAAUUAAAUUCAAACAAAUCAUGUAACGACAAUACCUUCCAGUAAUUUAAUCAUGGCCUUUUACUGCGAAUCAUUAUAAAUCUAUACAAGUCUCAUUUAUAAGUGUCUAGUGAUGGUGUUUGAAAUGUUUCCGUAGUGUUACUUAGCAACAUGGCAAGGGAUGGAGACUUGCCGACUAUUUUUAAUCCUAAGCGGGUUCGUGCUCCUUCUGUGAUAAUAACAAGUGAGGAAGUGGAGACUGAACGAGGGGGUGAAGGUGAUCGUGAUCUUCCGAACGGGCCCCCAACGCCACUGAGCCCGCGGGCGCCUCUAACGCCCCAAACGUCCGUGUCGUCGGCAGUGUCUGCACCACCACUGACGACGCAGCCGUCCCUUCAGCAAGCCUUCAGUGAGUCUGCGGCUAGCAGUCAAGAUGAAGAGCGGCAGCUCCGCGAGAAGAAAUGCCCAAGAACUUGCUGCUCAAAGUUUGCUAAAAAGAUUUACUAUGGAAUCUGUGUCACAUUGGUCCUUACUGCCUCCUGGGUGACAUCUACGCACUGCAUCAAGCACAUGUACCUGGAAACAUACCCACCUAUAAUCUAUCCCACUAGCACGGAGACAACUUCUCAGACCUUCAACUAUACUGCUAAGCCCCAAAGCCAAAACUACAACCUAUACAAUGCCCCAUUCUUCACUGCCUGGUUUAGUACCAACUGGCUCAUAAUGUUCUAUCCCAUCUACAUGAUAGUGAUGCUCAUUCACAAUAAGUGCAAGUCUGCCAAUGACAUAGUGUAUGAUGCCUUCAGAGACUUCAGAGAGAAGGGGUUCACCUUUGCUCGCUUCAUCAGCCGCUGUGGAUUGUUCUGUCUGCUGUGGGUGGUGACCAUCUACAUGUACACUUACUCCCUGAAGAUCCUGCUCUGCACAGAUGUGGUGGCUCUGUUUGCCACCAACGUCUCGUGCAUCUAUCUGUUGUCCUGGGUCAUAUUACAUGAACAGUUUGUUGGUGUUAGGAUCGUGGCGGCUAUUCUGUGCGACACCGGAAUAGCGUUGCUCGCGUACAUGGACGGCAUAACAGGCAGCUCUACACUUGGUGGGGUCGUACUAGCCGCCUGCGCCGCGGCAGGCUUUGCUAUAUUUAAGGUGCUGUUCCGUAAAGUAAUGGGAGAGGUGAACACCGGCCAGCGCGCGCUGUUCUUCUCCAUCCUGGGCAUCGUGAGCGCCUCGCUCCUGUGGCCGGUGUGCCUCGCGCUCUACCUCACCGGCUCCGAGAUGCUGCCGUCCCCCUCGCACCAAAUGCCCUGGCUUCACCUCUUGGGGGCCAGUUUUGCGCUGUUGGUUUUCCACCUAGUGUUCCAGUUUGGCAAUAUUGUGACGUACAACAUUUUCGUGUCACUCGCUCUCAUCACUGCUGUCCCAGUCUCAGCCGGAUUGGACGUGGCGUUCUACCAAGUGGAGUUCGAGGGCAUGAAGCUGGCUGGCAUCGUGCUGAUCGGCGUGGGCUUCUCGCUCGUCAUGUUCCCCGACAACUGGCCCAACUACAUCAUGCGCCUGCUCAGAUGGAGCCGCCGGCAGCGCGGCAACAACGGCUCCGGGCGCAGCCGCGACGCCAUGGACUUCCGCACCGGCUACAUACGCUCGCACCUGCGCUCGCCCUCCGGCCGCGUGCGGUGACCGCCCGACGACCUCCCCUAAACGAUUAUACGCUCUACUGCGGCGUGAUAACGGUCAAAUUACAACGUCCGAUCAAACUUUCCUCUUACUGUCGACCAUUCGCUGUUUGGUUACGUAGGAUUGGUUC